UUGGGAGGCCGCUGGUGUGCGUGGUGUCUGGCGAAAUGUAUGACAAUAGUCAAGUGCCGGACCGGCUGUGCACGCACAUUGUCCACCCUGGGCUCUCUGUCGACUUGAAUACGAGGACGGUGUUCCUCUCUGAUCGCGCCCUGAGGCUGGCCUGGUCCCUCAAGCACUCUCGCCACCUGGCGGCCCUGGCCGGUGGCGGCAGCUCGGCCCUCGUGGCGAACUUGGAACAGUCGGGUCCGCGCACGGCGGCGUACGUGGCGCUGCAGGCGGCCGGCUUCCUGCGUAGACACGCGCUACACGGUCUCGCUCUGCUGAACUUGGCGCGAACAACCACGGCGCUCGUCAAGUUCGCCCACAUCUUUCGCGCGAUGCGAUCAGUACUGCACGCCGACCUACAAAUAUUGCUGAGCGUCGAAAUUGUGGACACGCACGUACCUCCAAAGCUGCUCGCGAAGCGGAUGAACGACCUCGUAAAGGAAGUGGAUAUACUUGUUUUCGAGACGCACUUCUACCACAGCCGCGGCUACUGCCAGAUGGAACCGCCGUCGAGUUUUGAAGCGCCGAAAAAAGCGUUCACAGUUUCCAUGAGGAUGGCUAUUUCGUGGAUGGAAACCCUAAACCAGAACAGUAGCGUCUGUCUGUCAGUGAACAUGGCUGUUUUGCAGUUCACGUCAACGGACGAUCGACGGUCGUGCGAACGCAGGAGCGACGUUGGUUACAGCGAGAUCUGCGACAGCAGAGAUUGGAAAAUUAUGGCUUCCAACUCGUCGUACUCCACGUCUCGCCGAAAAGAGACCAUGUGGCAGUUCUAUGAAGAACCUAAGCUCCUAAAAAGCAAGGUUUCCAGAGUGAUAGCCCAUCAGCCUACCGCAUGUGUGGUGGCGUUCAACAUUGACUACGAUGACUACAAACCGACCUGCGGAAACACGAGCUUUCCCCGACUGGCUGCGAUAGAAGAAGCUUACAACCAAGCUGACGGGAACGCGAGCGACGUGCGUGUUCUUCAGAACAGUCCCUAUAAUGGCGUGAAGCAGAACUUCGCGCCUUCCAAGCCUUUACCGCGCGGAGGCGGUGAAUCCCGCACGAGACCGUCGCACCGGCCCUUCGUCUGUCUUGUGAGCUCCUCUUGGUCGCAACUGCAUACGCUUCCUCGUCGGCACUGCACCCACUACGUGUUCGACCCCGAAGACUGGGGCAACACCGGUGCAACCUCGGGCUCACCCUCACCCAUAUUUGUGUGCCUCUCAUUGGUUCACCCUUUCCACCGAGCCUCGCCCUCACCCAUCUUGGCGCGGCGCAGCCCUUUCUCUCCCACCGAAUCCCACUCUGGCCACGCCACAAGGCCCCGUGACCAGCGCUACGCCAACGGACGGGGAAGCCUCGACUAA